UGGAUGGAUGGAGGGACCCUAGCAAAUCUUUAUAAGCAGAGUUACACACACCAUCCAACAGUCCUUGUUUGUAUCUUCAAAAUGUUAACAUACUGUAACUGAGGGGCUCCUGGUUCAGCAACUGUCCAAUGGAAGAUGAACAAAGGAGGAAUUAUCUUAAUGUUUCACAACUCAUUUUUUUCAGAUUUGUCACAACAAAUACAGAGCCAAUACAGAUCCAGAAUGCCUUAGGUCGGGUAGAUUUGAAAUUUCAGUCUGCUCUGAAGUCUCACCGAUCCAUCUCUGUUCCUUCCAAUCAUCCAAAUUAGUGUCGCCGUUUCGAAACGAGCAACUUCUCCAACAUUGACUCCGGUGCAGAUUGCUGAAUAAGCUGUCAACGUUUCCAGGUAACAACGUGAACACUGUAAAACCCCACCAUUAGUUAGAGGCGGAACGUAAAACGACUUGACCGCUUCUGGGGUAGAUCCUCAUGUGACACUUCCGGCGGAAGUAGCCAACACUGAGCUAGCAGCGUUAGCUUCCAGGCUUCUUUGUGUUUAUCGGCGGUUAAAAAGCGGCUUUGCUGGGUGAGCUGAAUGUUUAAGAGUCUGCGGUAACAAUAUCUUCGGUUAAUCUUCAUAGAGAAUCGAUCAGAGAGAGAAUCGAUCAGAGAGACUAACUGCUGCGGAAACAUUCAGCAGCACCGGAGGAGGAAGGAUCGAUCAUCAGCCUGAUCCUCUCGGAGCCUCCAGAUUUGUCACAUUAUGUCUGCCAUUAAGCAAGAUGUUCUUGCUCAUCAUUUUAACCUCAACCAACAAGAGAUCUCUGCUCUGGAUCCCAGGGAAACGGAAUCUGAAAAAAUCAAAGAGAGCGAAGAGGAACCAGAACUUCCACAAGUCAAAGCAGAGGAGUACGGAUCAGAACCUCUGCAGAUGGUAAAGGAAGGAGAGCAGAUAAUAUUGAAGCAGGUAACAGAUGACUUAACAGAAACAGAUUCUGCAUCUGUUGAAAUCAAAGAGGAACCAAAGGAAGUAGAACUGCAACAAAUGAAGGAAGAAGAUUGUCAAUCAGGAUCUCAGCAGAUGGUCAAGACUGAUGAAGGCAUCAGUCAGGAUGAAAACCAGGAUGUACCAAAGCAAGAGACUGAUACAUUUAUGGUAACAGGUUCUGGAUCACUUGAAAUCAAAGUAGAACCAGAGGAACUAGAGCUGCAACAAAUGAAAGAAGACGAUCGCCAAUCAGAAUCCCAGCAGAUGGUAAAGAUUGAGGCUGAAGGCAUCAAUCAGGAUUAUAACCAGGAAGUACUGAAGCAGGAGACGGAAACAUUAAUCCUAACUGCGUCUAAUAAUGAACCAGAUCAACAACAACCAGAACUCAGUGGAAACCAAAUGUUCUCGCACCAGAAGAGAGUUGAGAAAACCAGAGGUGAAGGUGACAAUGCAGAGAAAGGCGUGAAGGACAAGGAAAUUUACAGAUUAAAAAAAUGUAAACAAUGUAACGUAUGUGGGAAAAGUUUCAAAUUAAACACUGAGUUAACAAUCCACAUGAGAACUCACACAGGUGAGAAGCCUUUCUUAUGUGUAACCUGUGGAAAAGGCUUCAGUCAAAAAUGUAAUUUGAAUAGCCACAUGGGAACUCACACAGGUGAGAAACCGUUCUCAUGCGAAAUCUGUGGGAAAUGUUUUCGUCAAAAAUAUAUUUUGAUUAGCCACAUGAGGACUCACACAGAGGAGAGAGCUUUCUCAUGUGUAACUUGUGGGAGAACUUUCCGUCACAAGUGUAGUUUGAAUAAUCACAUGAGAACUCACACAGGUGAGAAACCUUUUGCAUGUAUAACCUGUGGAAAAGGUUUCCGUCAUAAAAGUAGUUUGACGUACCAUGUCAAAACUCACAAAUAGAAACCUUUCAGAUGUCAUACAUGUAGCUGUGACUUGUGGGAAAAGUUUAACUCAAAGAAACAGUUUUACAUCAUCCUAUAAGAAUUUAAGGGCGGAUGUGCAGAAUGUGGGACACACUGCGACCUCUAACCUUCAGCAUGAACGGCAUCUGAAGGAGACGAGGAGGAAGAGGAUUGGGACAGGGCCUGCGUUUGGUCUCGUGUGUUUCUGGGGUGUGUUUCAGUGUGGCACUUCUGGAAGUAAACAACAAUGCGCUAGCAGCAUUAGCUUCCAGGUUUCUUAGAACAAUUUCUGCUGUGUGAGCUGAAUAUUUGAGUCUGGAGUAACAACUCUGGUUUAUGACUAACUGCUGCUGCUGGAGAAAUAUUCAACUACAUCGUAAACAAGAGAUGGAUCAUCAGGUCUGACGGCUGGAUUAAAAAUCAUCUCAGAACCUCCAGGCUUUACAUGCUGCUGAAGUUAGCUUCUGAUUCACAUCUUGAUUCUUUAGUUAAUGAAUCUGAACGAGUUUUAAUUCGCCGUAUUUCAAACUUGAAAUACUUUGAAAGUUUAAACCUGAAAUUGAUCAUUUGAUAACCAAAAAAAACCCAAAACAGUUUGUGAUUUAUGAAACCUGUGAAAGCUUUCAGAUAGUUUGAGUUUAGGGAUUCAAACUGCAUAAAACCACAUUAGAGCCGAUCGACGUUGAAAUCAUCAACAUCUAAACCUGGAGUUUGGAAACAAUUCAUUCAGUUUUAGUUCAGACCUAUAGAGGAUUAUUUACUAACAUAUGUGGCAACCUGGGGUGGAUUUUCUUUAUUAUGAAACCCAAAUACAGAAUAUUAAGGUUUACAAUACUGGAAACCAACAAGUGGAAUAACUGCAGGAAAAUGUAACGUAAUAAAGACACAGGUGAGUUCUGCUGGCAGGAGGAGACGAGACUCAAAAGGUUCUACAAAAAUGUAUUAAGCUUCAAUAUGUUUUUAAAUUAACAAUAACCUAGAAUUGAAUGGUUAAAAAAACGGGAAUCCAUUUUAACAAAACUGAUUGUAAUAAAAUGUUUAAAUUUCAAAGGAAACUGAGGCUUACCAACGGGGGAAGUAGUGAGGAAAGGAGCAACAUCCAGUGAAGAAAAAGGUUCUAAACAAAACACACAAGACAAAACACUAAACCACAGCAGCCUCAGUCCCUGAAAGAAAAGCAAAAACGAAACAAUAUGAGUAAAACUGAUACAAUAGCAAUAGCACUACAAUAUUGCACUUUAUCCCAUUAGCAGUGCCAUCAAUGCUCCGGCAGCGGGGGAAAGUUCAGGUUGGUCUUUUAAAACAUUUCUUUAUAGGCAAAACAGCAGAGAGUAUCAAUCCAUCAGGAGACUAAAAAUAGAGCAGAUUAUUAAUACAACUGCUGACCAAAAAUAUAACUUACAGCAGCUGCUUACCUGUGGCUUGGCAAAUUACCGCACUGCCAGAUAAACAGAUUCCGCCUAUGCAGAGCAGCUGUAACAAAAUGAGGCUUUGUUGACAUGGGGUGGAUGUUAUUAACCUUUUCCUCUCCACCACGGACAGACUGGCCCAGAUGUUGGAGGAGCAGCAGAGGAGGCUAAACAGAUCAGACCAGAUUGCAUUAAUGGCUACUACUAACAAACAAUCAAGCUUACCCAGCACAAUUUAACAAACAAGAAGGAAGUAGAUGGAGACGACGUCACUAUGCAAGGAUAUUGGCCUUAAAGUGGCAGCGUACCAUUUAUGCUGCCUUUUAUGCUGCCUGUGGGAAGAGUUUGGGCCACAAAUGUAGCUUGGGAAGGCACUUGGUAACUCACACAGGUAAGAAGCCUUUCUCAUGUAUAACAUGUGGUAAAUUGUUCAGUCAAUCAAGUCAUGUGAAAUGCCACAUGAGAACUCGUAUAAUUGCUAAAACCAAGACAUCUUUCAUCUAUGUGACACGUGGGAAAUACUUCACUCAUAAAAGGAAUUUGAAUGUCAACAUGAGAAUUCAUACAAGAAAAAAACAUGCUCAUGGAAAAUGUUUUAAGGAAAGCAACCAAUUGAAUUCCCAUUUGAGGAUACACUCAGAGGAAAGACCUUUCUCUUGCAAUGCCUGUGAAAAGUCUUUCUGAAGAAAAGAUCAUCUGAAAAACCACAUACAUGCUCACACAAAUGAGAAGCCUUUCUCAUGUUUAAAAUGUGGAAAAAGUUACAAGGGCAAAUAUAGUUUGAACAUACACUUACGAAUUCACACUAGUGAGAGACCUUUGUCAUGUGUAACCUGCGGAAAAGAUAUUAGUCAAAAAAGCAGGUGAGGACGUUCUGAUGUGCAGCUUGUGGGAAAAAAAUUCAGGCUUAUAAGAACUUACAUUAACCAUGCUAACCAGAACUCCCACAAACUAGAAAUCUUUCCAUGUCAUACUUAUGACAAAGGUGUUUGUUGUAUCUGUAAUUUCCUUUGACUUUGGUUAAAAGUUUGAUUUGAUGAAGUUUUUUGAAAUGCCAACUACAACUCCAAAGUGUGAAGUUGAAAUUGUCAUGAAUUCAGUGACAUUGAGGUUCUUCCACAGAUGUUAAGCAGUGACUCCUGACUGUUGUGUGGAUGGACUCUACAUUCUUCGUUGCAUUACUGUGUUGACCGUUUUUUGUUCUAAUUUUAAAAAAGGUUAAAUAAAACUGUUCCAAAGAGGGACAAUACGUUCUUUGUGUCCAUCUAAGCCACACUUCUUAGUAUUAUUCCAAUUAUUAAAUUAUUAACUGAUAAAUAGAUUAAGAAUAAAUUUUCCAAAAGUUAUUGAUUUUUAUUUCUUUCAACAUUUAAAGGGACAUUAUUUCCCCAAAUAAUGUUCCGUCUUUUGUGUUGAGAAAUGGGAUUUGAAAGACUAAACUAAACUAAACUGUCUAAACUAAUUUUUUAAUUUGCUUAGUUCUAAUUGACCUCAUUGACAAAACCUUUCAAUAAAUUGCCCGGUCUUAUAAAAAAUGUUUUUUCUCCAUAUAUUAGGCAUCACCAUGGUGACGUCCUCCAGGCUCUGAUUGGCUGGUUUUGGUCAGGCAGCAGCAGCAGCAGCAGCAGCUCAGAGACAUGAUUGAUUUUUUUCACAUAGCAAACUGUCGCAGCAUGGUGACAACUUCUACAAAUAUAUGGACAAAAUAAGUUACAUACUGCAGCUUUAAGCUUUCAGAAUUCAUAUUGAACUAUGACAUCACUGCACAAUUUUAAUGGCUCUAUUUGAUCUAUUUUCACAGUUUUACUUCUAGUAGUUUUAGUUUUAGCAUUCGAUCUUUUUCUCAGUAAUUUUAGUCGUGUUGUCAGCUUAAUGAGUUGAUUGAAUGAAAUGUUGUAACUGUGAAGUUGAAUUUCUUUAGUUAAUAAACUCUUGUGUAUUUGA